AUGGCGUGGUCAUCUUGGAGCGGCGUCUGCAAAGAAUGCAACCAGUACCGGGAAAGAGUUGAAUUUGACUGCUCAAGAACUCGGGAAUCAAAGCCUUGUGAAUGUCUUCCUGGAAUUAAUCCUGAGCUCAAGAAUCGGUCGAUUACAUACAAUUCAUCUCUUCAGUUAAAUUGCUCUCUAAGCGGUGUCCCUACACCUGAAGUACUCUGGACUAAGGGUGAGAUCGAUCUUGGCAGAAAGAACACUCUCAUGAUUCGUCAAGCGAGGUUUGAAGACUCUGGCGAAUACACAUGUAGCGCUAAAAACCUCAUAGGAAGCAUCAAAUCAACCUUUUGGAUUGAAGUGAAAGGAGUCUCUCCCCAGAUCACUGAGCCUCCGAUAGGCCAAUCUGUUACCGAAGGAUACCCUGUAAACCUUAGUUGCGUAGCAUCAGGUGUUCCAACACCAAGUGUCACGAAAGGGAUGAAUGGGACUUACAAGUGCAAAGCAAAAAACAAAGCAAAUACAAUUAGUUCCUCAGCAACACUACGUGUUUAUGGAAAAGCCUCUGCUCAAGUUGUUCCAGAGAAAUACAUAACACUGACAAAAGGAGACAUCCUCACAUUGACUUGCAAAGUCAACGAGGAAACAAUAAACGUAAUAUGGAAAAAAGAUGGAGACCCAAUAAUAGAGAGAGCAAUUAUAGAUCCACGAUUACAUAAACUUGUUAUUACUGAAGUUGUGGAAAAAGACAGUGGUGAAUAUUCUUGUGAAGCACGUAACAAGCCAGGAACUGUGGCUCGCUCUGUUGUGACAGUAAAUGUCAAAAGAAAUUCAGAGGCUCCCUCCAGCAGCUCACUGGAGUGGUACUACAUUGGGGGACCUUUGGCUGCUGUCGUUUUUCUACUGGCGCUCAUUUCAUACAUUAAAAAACGCCGUGAGACAGCCCCACCUGAGGUGCCACCUAGGCUGCAUGAAGGGGAAGAUGAAGUUGAGAUGGAUCAGCUGAACGCAAACACAGAUGGAUGGGAGAUUGCAGCUGACCGCCUGAUCCUUCGCGAGCAUAUUGGCAGAGGGGCAUUUGGUUCAGUGUGGCGAGCGCUACUGGGUCGUUCUCGAGGCAGACCUGGAAAUCGCACAGUUGCUGCGAAAUGCUACCUACCAAUCUCCGGAGAGAAAGGAAGGAAGGCCCUGCUGAGAGAGAUCGAGUUAUUAAAACUCUUUGGAAGGGAGGGCCAUGAAAAUGUUGUUAAGUUCAUCGGUUGUGUUACAGUUGGAGCUCAGCCAAUACUUAUCAUGGAGUACCUGUGGAGAGGUGACUUGCUGGGUUAUCUUAGAAAAUCCAGGGGGGUUUUCGACCAAUAUCAUCAUGGGGUCGGAAGGGUCGACCUCUUGACAACAUAUGACAUGGUGCUGUUUGCUAAACAGAUCGCACAUGGCAUGACUUUUCUCGCGUCCAGAGGGAUAAUUCAUCGCGAUCUUGCAGCUCGUAACAUCCUUCUUGAUGAGCAUCGUGUCUGCAAGUUGACUGACUUUGGGCUCUCUUAUCAGGAUUUCAAAUACGGCCCAGGAAAUGCCAAGAGGGGAUGUAUCCCAAUCAAAUGGACUGCACCCGAGAUUCUCUUUGGACAUGUGGAACAGCUGUCAACCAAAAGCGAUGUGUGGUCCUACGGCAUCGUCCUGUAUGAAAUCUUCACUGUCGGAGGCAUUCCUUACGAAGGAUGGUCUCAAUCCACGACAAUGAAAAACAUCGAAGAAGGUUAUCGUCUGCCAAAGCCCGAACAUAUCGACGACAGUUUAUACGCGGUUAUGUUAAACUGCUGGAAAUACGAAAGCGCCAGCCGGCCACACUUUGUGAAGCUCUACCAAAUAAUGGAUACAUAUAUUAAAACAAAGACAUAUGUAGAUAUCUUUGACGAUGACAAGUAUGAUCAGGAUAAGUACAACUUUGUCGAUGACCGUGGAGCUGUUGCAAACCCAGAAGAUGCAGGACCGGACGAGCUAGCAGCAGCUGCAGCAAAUCCCAUCGGUGAAGUGGGUGAACUCGGUGCUACGGCACAUCCCUUUGUGGUUGCAGUGGACGAUGAUGCUACAGCUUUCCCUCUUGGAAUUAACGUAGGAGACGAAGGAGCACCUGCAACAGAUCCCGACCGUGAGGUGGGUGAACACGGUGCUACGGCACAUCCCUUUGUCAUUACAAUAGACGAUGGUGCUCAAGCUUUCCCUUUCGCUAUUAACGUACCAGAGAAAGGGGCAGCUGCAACAAAUCUCGCCCAUGAAGUGGGUAAGCACGGUGCUGCUGCACAUCCCUUUGUGGUUGCAAUUGACGAUGGCGCUACAGCUUUACCCUUCGCUAUUAACUUACAAGACAAAGGGGCAGCUGUAGGAAAUCUCGCCCGUGAAAUGGGUAAGCACGGUGCUACGGCACAUCCCUCUAUGGUUGGAAUUGACGAUGGUGCUACAGCUUUCCCUCUCGGAAUCAAAGUAGAGGAUCUUGAUUCUUUAGAAUACAAUCCCCUGAUCGAAAAAGAAGGCCACAGUGAUUCCGUCUUCCCUCCAGAUAUUCAAAUUGAUGACGAAGAAGGUGUAACAAGUGAACCUGAAAAUAACGUUGGUUAUGAAGGUGCUGUAGCAGUUCAAUCUGAAAAGGAGGCAGUAGAAGAAGAACCUGAGACUUGCCAACUAGAGUACACGAAGGAUGAACAAGACGAUCUUGGAAACUAUAUGGACAACCAAAGUGAUGCUGUAGACCUUCUUGACGGAGAGGCUGGCGUACAAGAGUAUGAUGGUAAUCAGCUUACUGCUGCGGAUACGGACGAAACUGGAAAUGACGAAGACGAGUAG